CCAGGUGGCAUACAUUGAAAUAUUGAAUCCAUCACCCACUACUUGGCCUGUUUUAUCCCACCUCUCUACAAACAGAGAGAGAAAACCAGAGAGAGAGAGAGAGAGAGAGAGAGAUGAAGACAACCCAAUUCAUAAUUUUCAUCCUCAUCAUCACCACCAUCUUUGGCUUCUCAGCCAAAGUGAAUUCAGAGACAGAUUCUUGCGGCUCAAGUCUCAAUCUGCAGAAUGUCAAUUUGCCCUUUGAUGCAGCUUCCCUCCACUGCCUUUCUGUUUGGGAUGCUCACAAUUACAUCCUCAGAUACUCACAGACCUCAUCAAACAUAUGGACCUUUGUCCUCUCAACACCAGCUGUAAACUCAUUCAUAGCAAUGGGGUUCUCAAGCAAUGGACAGAUGGUGGGGUCCAGUGCAAUUGUGGGGUGGGUGUCCUCAACAGAACGCACGAUCAAACAAUAUUUCUUGGGUGGGACUUCAGCAAACCUUGUGGAGCCUAACAAAGGGAACCUUCAGGUUGCUAGCAACUUCUCUUUAAUUUUAUCUCAGUCCUCUCGUCUGUACCUUGGCUUCCAGUUGGAGACCAGCCAGCCACAGACAAGGCUCCUAUACUCUGUUGGUCCAGAUGGGUUUCUGCCUGUGGCACCAGACUACAGGUUGAUCGAGCACAGUGACAAGUUCUCUACCUCCAUAAAUUAUAUCACAGGUCAAAGCACAUCGAGCUCACAAAGUCCAUAUUCAAAACUGAGGAAGAGCCAUGGAGUGCUGAACAUGCUAGGAUGGGGCAUUUUGCUGAUAAUUGGAGUAAUAGUUGCCCGUUACUUAAAGCCAUAUGAUCCACUUUGGUUUUAUCUUCAUACGUGCAUUCAAUCAUUUGGGUUUAUAUUCGGAAUAAUAGGUGUUGUAUGUGGAUUUGUCUUGAACAAUAAGCUCAAUGCUGAUGUCUCCACCCACAAAGCUCUUGGUAUCAUCAUUCUUGUGCUUGGAUGUCUUCAGGUGAUGGCCAUUUUGGUUCGACCAGAGAAGGAGUCGAAAACACGAAAAUACUGGAAUUGGUACCAUCAAGGCGUGGGAAGGAUUCUCAUCAUUUUUGCAAUAGCAAAUGUUUUCUAUGGGAUUCAUUUAGGAGAAAAAGGAAAGGCAUGGAAUGCUGGCUAUGGAGCUGUUCUUGCUAUUUUAGUUGUUACUGCUGUUAUUUUUGAGUUAAGAUUGUGGUUUAAAAAAUAAUGAGUGUUUGUGGGGUACUUUCUCUUAUUUAAUUUUUAAUUAGCAUCGCUAAUUGAAAACUUUCUUGUUGAUUAGCAUAAUAUUGAAUUUGAAGUGAUAC